AUGGCUACACAGGGGCAGGCGGUGAUGGACCCCGCUGUACUAGAUGAUAUAAUCAGACGGUUAACAGAAGUCCGAUCAGCCAGACCAGGCAAGCAAGUUCAGCUUUCGGAGGCUGAGAUCAAGCAACUCUGUGUUGCUUCUCGUGAAAUUUUUCUUCAACAACCCAAUCUUCUCGAGCUUGAAGCCCCCAUCAAGAUAUGCGGUGACAUUCAUGGGCAAUAUAGUGAUUUAUUGAGACUUUUUGAGUAUGGAGGUUUUCCGCCUGAGUCCAAUUAUCUAUUUUUAGGGGAUUAUGUUGAUCGAGGAAAGCAGAGUUUGGAAACCAUAUGCCUUUUGCUUGCAUAUAAGAUUAAAUAUCCAGAGAACUUCUUUCUUCUAAGAGGAAACCAUGAAUGUGCUUCUAUAAAUCGGAUAUAUGGAUUUUAUGAUGAAUGUAAGCGGCGCUUUAAUGUGAGGCUAUGGAAAUCGUUUACUGACAGUUUCAACUGCCUCCCUGUUGCUGCUUUGAUAGACGACAAAAUAUUAUGCAUGCAUGGUGGUCUUUCCCCUGAUUUGACAAAUUUGGAUCAAAUCAGAAACUUGCCCCGGCCAACUGCUGUUCCAGAUACUGGUUUGCUGUGUGAUUUACUCUGGUCUGAUCCUGGUAGAGAUGUUAAGGGAUGGGGGAUGAAUGAUAGAGGAGUUUCAUACACCUUUGGUCCUGACAAGGUGCAAGAAUUCUUGACAAAGCAUGAUUUAGACCUUGUCUGUCGUGCACAUCAGGUUGUGGAGGAUGGGUAUGAAUUCUUUGCCGACAGGCAACUUGUUACCAUAUUUUCAGCUCCCAACUAUUGUGGUGAAUUUGACAAUGCUGGUGCUAUGAUGAGUGUUGAUGAAAAUCUGAUGUGCUCCUUUCAAAUUUUAAAGCCUGCAGAGAAAAAAGCUAAGUUUAUGAUGUCAAACAAAAUGUGA